ACAUAGGUAAAGCUAUCGCUUCAAUAAGGGCUCCACAUUGCAAUUCUCUGGGCUCACUGUGAACUUUCUGGAUUUUGCCUUUUCGUUACCGUUCAGCCGAUCGGACCGCUCGCGAUAGCUACCAAAAAUAGCGAGUUGGAGGAAGAGAAGUAGAUAACCUCGUUCCUCAUACCUAACUUCGCAGUAUUUGUCGUCAAUGGGACCUCUAUUUUUCAAGGAGUGAAAGACAGGUGAGGAUUUGGUUCCGUGGUUCUCUGGUUAGGGUUUCUACUCAAUUUCUCUCCCGUUGUCCUGCAAAGGAAUAAAUAUCAAGGCCUUCACAAGUCACAACAAACACAUUCAAGCAAUUCUGUUUUUUAUAAGAGAGUAAGAUGCCUUCUGAUUAUUUUAUGAACAGACUGAGAAGUGUAGUUCAGAAUGGAGUACAGAGGUCAGUUUUGAGGCAAGAAGUUGGACAGCAGGUCUCGGUUGAAGUUCUUCUUGGCCAAGGAAAAUCUUGGUUUUUCAACCACAGGUCUUUUAAUUCUGCAUGCUUCUCAAAGCCGAAAGACCUACAUGUACUUUUACAACCUGGAACUGGUUUUCCCGCAAGACCAGAUUCCCUGAUAGUAAAUCGAAGAAGAAACAUUUCUGUCGUUGGAGCAGUUUCUCGCCCAUUUUCUGUCCCAUCUGUGUCAGGCCCUACAUUUCAGGUUUGUGGAUAUCACAUUGAUCAUGCUCUACGUGAACACAGUGAAUUUUCUGGUAGGGACGAAAUUCAAAAUAAACGUAUGUCUGCUUGCGGUCCCAGAGCUGUCCUUGUUCAAUAUUUAGAUGCUUCAAAUUUAAAGCAUGGGGAUCUUCCAUGGUCUGCAGACAAUGCUAGUUUAUUGCAUAGCAAUAAGUCUUUCAGUAAAUGCAGAAAAGCUAGCAUGUGUUUGAAAAAUCACAAUCAACUCGGUAAUACUCCGAUUUUUAGAUACAUGAUGUAUAAUAUUGCAAAGCGAUGGUGCGACUUCUCACCUUACACAGAGUCAGGAUUAAGAUGUCUUCAUGGCACUUCACGUUCAUGCUUUUCUGCUGAGACUGCACCUGAUGUAUCCUUUGACAAUUCUGUCCGUGAGGAACAGCUUGCAAGUUCUACAAUUUCCUCCGAUCAGAAAAUUUCUUCUGGCAAAUCCCUGAAGCUCCUUUCAGGAUCGUGCUACCUGCCCCAUCCUGAUAAAGAAGAAACUGGUGGUGAGGAUGCUCACUUUAUAUGUGACAAUAAACAAGCAAUAGGUGUGGCAGAUGGUGUAGGUGGCUGGGCCGAUCUCGGUAUUGAUGCGGGAAUCUAUUCACGGGAACUAAUGUCUAAUUCAGUCAAUGCAAUUGAAGAGGAGGUCAUGGGUUCCAUUGACCCAGCUAGGAUUUUGGAGAAAGCUCACUCUAGCACAAAAGCCAAAGGUUCUUCGACAGCUUGUAUAGUGGCACUCACAGACCAGCAGGGUCUCCAGGCAAUUAACUUGGGAGACAGUGGGUUUAUGGUGGUUCGAGAUGGAUGCACAAUCUUCCGAUCUCCUGUACAGCAGCAUAAUUUUAAUUUCACGUAUCAACUUGAGAGUGGAGAUAAUGGUGCUCUUCCUAGCUCUGGACAGGUUUUUACAGUUGCUGUGGCUCCAGGAGACGUUAUAGUUGCUGGCACAGAUGGGCUUUUUGACAACCUGUACAAUAAUGAGAUUACUGCAGUGGUAGUUCAUGCUGUUAGAGCUGGAUUGGGGCCUCAGGUGACAGCACAGAAGAUGGCGGCAUUGGCGCGCCAACGAGCGCAGGAUAAAGAUAGGCAGACACCUUUCUCUACUGCUGCCCAAGAUGCUGGGUUCCGAUACUAUGGUGGCAAGCUUGACGAUAUCACUGUUGUUGUUUCAUACGUCACUAGCUCAAAUGAGUUUCCUUGAGGUUUAGUGGAGAAGUCAAUAGAGAGUCAAAUAUGUUGGUUUCAAAGCCAAGAAACUGAGGUUAUCCCUGUCAGUUUUUUUCCUUCUUUUAACAGACAAGGACAUGCAUACGGUAUUUACUUUAAGUAGAACAAAGCCUCGCUGCCCAUAUUUCAUAUAGUAUUUGACUUUAAAUGCACAAGCAAUGCCAGUUGAGUUUUCAGAUAGCAGUUCAUGACAAGUUAGACAAUAUGCUGUUUUGGUUGACAAGAACUGGAUCAUUAUGCGUGGAUUUUCAAGAAUCAGAAAAGAAGUCUUGCUCAUAACGUGCGGCCGUGGCUGAGGACCAGUGUUUUGAGGGAGCAGGCAGUACGAACUACCAACUGUGGUUUUGCAGAGCAACAUCGCAAUUUUGGUUUAAGAAAACAAAUUAUACAGUCGAAUUAUCAGCUCUGUGAGGACAUUUUUAUACCCUUUGACGACUUUGAGCUGGCAGUUAUGCAUUUGCAGUGUCUGUGAAUAUAUAUAUUUUUUGUAGUAAUGCAAUUAUCAUCCUGUGAUAGCACGAGAAUAAGAAAACGUAGUGUUCCUGUUGUCUUGUGGACUGGGCCCAGUGGGGCCUUCGUAAAUCAUUAGGAAUUGCAUAAUUGAUUGCUACUUGGCAUUUGUGUA